AUGCACCUCACCCUCCUCCUCCUCGGGCUCCUCAGCCCCAUCCUCGCCACAGCCCUCCCCACCAUCCUCGCCAACCCCAUCGGCACCGUCUACGCCGAUCAAAACUUCCAAGGCCUCGCCACCCAGCUCUUCGACACCCACGGCACCUGCGCGACCUUCGAGUCUGGCGGCGUCAAGAACCCAACGCUCAUCCACUCCCUCUCCAUCUCAGCGCCCAUCAAGUGCACUCUCUUCACGCAACCCGAGUGCAUUCCCGGCGCCACGGCGCCCGUCGUCGCCGUCAACGGCCCGACGAAGGUCAAGAACUUUUUGCCGAGUCAGGAUCGCGUUUCCCCGCCGGGCUGGCUGUUUAUGAGCUAUAAGUGCGGGGCGGUGGCGACGGAGAUGGAUGGGGAGAGCGAGGUUGAGGGAAAGGAGGGUGUGUAA